UGCGCAAGAGGCUGCGCCGCUCUCUCAACGCAAGUUAUGUAGCAGGCCUGGGCCUGAGCUGCUACUUAGCCGGUCAUCUCCUGUACGGAAUAAGGCGGGAGGAGGAGGCGGCGGCAGGAUUGCACGACCCGGCGGACUUUCCCGGGCUAUGGGGCCCUGGCUGGAUUCGGGCUGGAGUCUUCAUUCAGUCGGUGGGGCCUAAACGGGGUGCCCGAAGGAGAGAUAUGAGCCAGUGAAUAAGGAGGGGAGAAGCUGGCGCUAGCUCCCCGCUUCCACCCCCACAAGAGCCCAGGGAGCGACGCUACUAUGGCUCAGGAGAAAAUGGAGCUGGAUCUAGAAAUCCCGGGGCCCCCGAGUGAUGGGAAUCUGAGGAGAUCCAAUAGCGCCCCUCUAAUCAAUGGGCUCAGUGACAAUUCACAGGUGUUUCAGACAGAUGUUAUAAGAGCACGGCGGAACAGCACCACUGUAGUGAAUCGACAGAGUCUGGUUGUGCCAUCUUCUCCAAUACGUAUCUCAAGUAGCCGUCUUCAUCAGAUCAAACAGGAAGAGGGAGUGGACCUUAUGAUUAAUAGAGAGACCGCUCAUGAAAGAGAAGUGCAAGUGGCAAUGCAAAUGAGCCAGUCCUGGGAGGAAAGUUUAAAUCUGAGUGACAAUGAUCUCGACAAAUCAUCUUCUCCAAAGAGAAUUGAUUUUGUUCCAGUGUCUCCAGCUCCUUCUCCCACAAGAGGGAUCGGAAAGCAAUGCUUUUCGCCAUCGUUACAAAUACUUGUCAGCAGCAAUGGAUUGCCUCCCAGCCCUACCCCUAGCCCUACAAGGCGGUUUGCAACCAGGAGGAGUCAAAGUCCCAUAAACUGCAUUCGACCCAGCUCACUUGGACCCCUUAAAAGGAAAGGUGAUAUGGAGAUUGAAAGUCAGCCAAAACGACUUUUCCAAGGCACUACAAACAUACUGUCUCCAGAUGUCUCAAGCUUAUCAGAUCUAAGCGCUUGUCUUUCGUCUGAAAACCUGGAUGGAAGCAGCAGCAGUCUUAGUUCUUCCUGCAACUCGCCUGCUAAAAACGUAGUUCCUGAAUCUCCUCCUUCCAACACAUUCUUUAUGCCAGUGGACCGACACUCGCCUAAGUGAUAUUUCCGCAAAAGCCUGUGGACUCGCCCCUUCUUAUUUAAUCCAUAUUUUCAGGGUUUGUCAAAAGAAAGGACAUUUCUGGUCGGUUUUAACAUCUUGUGUAUUAUAUAUUCUUUGGCUCUCUGGCUCUUGAUGAACAUGGAUAAGGAUUCUAGAAACUUACACAGAUAGCCAGCGAUUGGCUUUGCCUGACAUGAAUUGCUGAAAUUUUCUGUGGUAUAGUAAGAUGCUUAAACUGAAUUUUUAUUUUUUUAGAGAUUUUACAAAUGUGUUUGUGUUAAAAUAGCUGACAUGCUGUUUCUAAGCUGCUGACAACUUUUUGUCCCCGACACUAAAACAAAGACCUAUUUAUUUAAGGGGAUAAUGACUGAAAUGUUGUAAUACUGUAAAAAUAUAUUACUACUGUGGGAUUCUUCCUCUAAUGGAACCUUGUAUUUUACUAUUUGUAUCAUUUUAAGUCUUGAUGUUGUGAUCUGCAUAAAGAUUUUUUUAAAAUUGCCCGAGUUCUGUUUUUAAUAAAAUCUCCCUCAUGGCAGAUACAA